AGUUUAUGUAUGGACUUCAACAAAAAUGUUAUUGUGUAUGACGGUAGCAGUGUAAAUUUUAAUCACUUUGCCUUGCGAAUUUCUUCUAAAUGGAAAAAAUUCCAUAUAUCCAGGGGAAAUUUUUCACUUAUUUUUUCACUAGAAACUCUGAAAACAAAUAGUAAAAACCAAAAACAACAAAUUUACUAUGAAUUUAAUUUGGCUAAUGCCUUUUCGUGAAAAACUUUAUUAAUUUGCGAAAAAAGUUCACAAAAUAUACAAUGGAACAAAAGAAAUGUGCUGAUAUACCUAUAAUAUGUAAUGCAGCCACAUCAUCCUUUCAAAGAAAAAUGGAAAAUUGGAGAAAAAAUGUUAUAGUGGUCACUCCCAAAGACCCAGAGUUUGUAAUUUAUCGUCAUGAAACGGGAAUAUAUCCACAAAAUCUUUUUAGUGAAUCUACAAUAGUUCAGCCCACAAUGCAAGUUCCUGUGAUUAAAUCAGUUUCAUGCUCUAUGUCCACACAAACGAAUACACGACUCUGUGGUUCUGUACAGAUUUCAGAUAUCACGGAGGAAUAUCGUUUAAAUUGUUUCUAUUGUACAGAAACAUUUCUCUUACAUAAUUGGUCCAAAUUUGUUAAACAUAUGAAAGACAAACAUUUCGCACAAGAAGAAGCUUUUAAAAUGUCUAAAUAUCUUUCACAGGACCAUGACUAUACCUCCAUAGAAACUCCUUUAGCAGAGCCAGUUAAACCUGUAAUAACCUUAAACAUGGUUACUAAUCCUAUUUUAGAAGUACCUAAUCCACCUGCGCCGGUUUUCAAAGAACCCAUUUUAACGAAACCCUUAUUAAACAAACCACAGAAGACUGCAAGCGUUUCUAAGAAAUUAAAUUCACCGCCACCUUUAUAUGCUAAACCCGCACAGCCGAUUGAGAAGAAACCAUUUAAUAUAAGUUUAGCUGAUAAGCUUAUUAAUCUUUUGAAUGAAACCGUUUUGAAUCCCAUUUUUAUGCAAACAGAAGAGGAUAACAUUGUAAUUAUUAAAAAUACUGGCUCCAGUAAUAUAGAAACAAGUAGUUUUUUAAAGAAUUUUAUGAAUUGCGAUACUCCAAAGCCUAAAAAGGCGCCAGAGACCAGUAAAAUAAAUACUUCUGCAACUGCACCAUAUACGUCAAACAGACAUACGCGUCCCAUUUAUACUUUAAACUAUGGCCAACAGAAUGUUCCAUCAAGGAGACCAUCGUUUUCUGGCAACUUUUUACCGCCAACACUAUUGAAAAAUACCAAAUUACAAAAAAGAGUUGCUAAACGGACUUUGAAAGAAAUAAAUGCAUUUGAAAAGGUUUAUAAAACAGUGAAAACAAGACCUCCGAAGGUUCUCGGCUCAGGUGUACUUAUUUUAGAUGAUCUAAUUAAUACUAACAAAGCUAAUGAACGGCAAACAUUAAACCAAACUCCAUUAAGUCGUUGUCUCAGGAGAACGGAAAGCAUGGUAACAGAACCUGACAAUAGAAACUUUUCUUUAGAAAGUGCCAAACAAAAGCCCAUAGAGCUUGUUUUUGAGUUUACACCCGAGGAUAUAAUUGUUUCACUGCUGGAGUAUAUAAAAGAUCAUCCAGUUUUAUGGGAAUUUCAUAACCAACCAUUCAAUAAAAUGUAUAACAAAGCCAUCGAAGAAAUAUGUACGGCAAUUAACAGCAAAUGGUCACUAAAUAUAACUCCUUUGAAAAUGAGACGCAGUAUUAAUCGAAUAUUAAGAUUUUAUCGUUUAAUGCUGCCUAGAGAAAGUAUUGAUCAUUUUGAGGAAUAUUUCAAUAAAUGUGCCCUAUUUUUACCAACUUCUAUAGAUAAAAUUCCGCGUGCUCGUUGUGACUACUGUGCUGUAUGUUACGAAACAGAUAGCGAGCUGCGAAAACAUUUAAUCGAGAAACACAAAUCUUUAAAAUGGCCUUACAAAUGUCAGCAGUGCCGCGAACGUUUUAGAGAACGUGAUGAAUACGAGUUACACAAACACCUGCCACACUAUGAGGAAAUUAUUAAAUGUGAACAAUGCCAUAAGAGAUUUAAUCGCCGUAAUUUAUACAAUAAACAUAUAAGUUCACACGAACAAACCCUACUGCGGCGUUUAGAAAGAACGUUAAAUAAUCAAAAACCUGUAAAGGUAUUCCAUGCCUGCAAAUUUUGUAGCAAGACAUUUUCAAACAGCGAAUAUUUAAAUCGUCAUGAACUCAUUCAUACUAGGCGUUUCAAUUGCAAUCUCUGUUUCAAGACUUUCAGUUUAAAAUCUACCCUGAAGGAACAUUUAAGGAGACAUAGUCAAACAUUAGACUAUAUGUGUGAAGUGUGCGGGAAGGGCUUUAUCCGUAAAUCAAGCCUCAGAGAACACAUGGAUACACAUACUGGCGAAAAAAUUACCUGCAACAUUUGCAAUUUAAGAUUAAGAAAAUGUAGUUUACCCCGACAUUUGCGCCUUGUGCAUGUUGCCACUGAAGGCACCAUUGAAAGUACAUUUCGUUCGAGAUGUUAUCAAUACAAAAAAUAUUUAUAUCCUACUCGUCAAGGAAUCAAAAGAGUGGAAAAUUUACCACGUCAAUAUGUAUGUAAAAUCUGUAAAAUUUCAUUCGACCGUCUUAAACUGCUCAAAGAUCACAAUAAAGAAUUUCACACAGAUGUUCACAAAACUCCGUGUAAAAUUUGUAAUUUCGAAUUUAAAUAUAUUCCUAAUCUCAAGCGACAUUAUAAAUAUAAGCAUAAUCUACACAAGUAUCAAAUUUUUAAGUUAGUCGAUCAGAAUGAAGAUUUAAAUACUGUGUUGGCAAUGAAUGAAGAAGAGUUAGAGAAAAUUACGCACGCAGAAUUGGUGGCAAAAUUAACUAUAGAGCAAUCUAAGGCGAAAAACUAUGUUUCUACAAACGAUAAGAAUUACUUUGAACCGGAAAGAAUGAACAGUAAUAAGAUACAGGAUGAAAUAAUGAAAGCUGUGGAAAGUAUAGAUCAGCAGGAUAUUAAAAUUGAUGAUGAUCAUUCAAUGAAUGAGUUUUUUACGGAUCUCCUGAAGCAGUAAAAUAAAAUAACAGUGGCCGGUUCCAUUUAAAUAUUUUGUGUGUGAAACUAACUGUAUUUGUUGUAAAUAAAAAUAAAUGGCUUUUAUUUAACACGUUUAAAGUUUUCAAAGAUUUUCUAUGGAAAACUUACAGUAAUUUUUUCAAACUUAGAAUUGACGAUUUAUGUAUUUCCAAUAAAUUUUUAAUUACAA